UUUCACAUCUUUCUUGUGUUUGACUGAGACUCUGCAAAGGUUUUGCCAACAAAAAAUGAAGGUGCACAUUGUCUUUGCCAAUGGGUAGUCAGUAACAACAGUUGCAGUUUUACUCAGCCUUUUGCUCUGCCUUCUUCAUUUAUGAGUAACAAUAUUGCCAUAUCAAAGGACUUUUCAACCUAAAGCUGACUCCUUACUCUUUAUUACUUUUUAUUUUUAUCUUUUUGUUUGGAGGGGGCUCUGUUUUCUUGUACCUUUUGAUGGAUCUAUUAUAAAGGUUUUCUCAGCCUGGAAAAAGUGUAAUAAGUUGGAAAACAAAUGUGGUUGGGAGAGAGAAGACUAAUGAAUGAAUGACUUGGAAUGGUGCAUGCCCCAAAAUCCUGAUCUUGACUGGAAAAUGAAAAGAAGAAACAAAAUUAAAAUGGAUUUUAUAUAAAUUUGAUUUUGUCUCUAUAAUUUGGCCCUUUGUGCCUGUCCUCAGUACUCACCCUAGGGCUUUUUUGUCUUCACACAAAUAAACUCUUGUGACUAUCAGAAUAUAUGGCAGGCUAAUCCCAUAAUAUACCGUCUUCUAACUUCUUUAUUUUAGGAAAACAUAAAUUUUAAGAAAUAUAUUAUAAGCUUGCUGCUGCUAGUGCUUCCCCAUAAUUCUAUAUAUUCCAUAUAGAUUAAUUAAAUGUUUUCCUAGUUCUUUUACUCCAAGUAAUAUAAUUAAUGAGUUUUAUCUUUACAUGAGAAAGAUAAAAAAAGGAAAAAAGAAAAAAAAAAAGACACUAAUUUAAUUAUACACCUAUUUUUUUUUUUUUGGUAAUUAAAAAAAAAAAUGAGAAAAUUGAAAGGACAAGUGAAAAAUUAUGGUAAUAAAAUCUGAAAGUGAGAAACCCAAUAUGCAAUGCAUGCUUCUUCUCCGUCUGAUAGUUUACCCAUAACAUAUAACACACCCAAGAGAGAGAGAGAGAGAGAGAGAGAGAGAGAGAGAGAGAGAGAGAUGGGGCAAGAGGAGGAGGAUAGAGAAAGCGCAGCGGUAGCAGUGGCGGAGGAGGAGGAGGAAGAAGAAGAAACGAAAAAUGAUAGAAAGGAGGAGGCAAGCAGCUUGAGGAAGCAUUCUCUCAUUAUGGAAAUUUCUUCUAAGCUCAUCCAUGGUGAUCUGAACUCCAAGAUUGAAGCUGCUAGAGAUAUUCGAAAGCUAGUAAGGAAAACUUGUUCUUCUUAUUCUUCGUCUUCUUCUCCUUCUCCUUCUCCUUCUCCGUCCUCUUUUUCUGGGAAAACUCGGUCCAAAUUGGGCGCUGCGGGUGUGAUUCAACCACUGGUUUUGAUGCUGGUCUCACCUAACCCAGAUGCCCGAGAAGCCGCUCUCCUCGCCCUCCUCAACCUCGCCGUUCGCGACGAAAGAAACAAGGUCAAGAUAGUGACAGCCGGAGCUGUGCCCCCUCUUGUAGACCUCUUGAGGUUCCAAAAUGGUAGUUUAAGGGAAUUAGCUACAGCGGCAAUCUUAACCCUGUCCGCUGCUGCAUCAAACAAGCCAACCAUUGCAGCUUCUGGCGCUGCACCUCUCCUGGUUCAGAUUCUCAGCUCUGGUAGUGUUCAAGGAAGAGUUGAUGCUGUGACUGCUCUACACAAUCUCUCUACCUGCAAAGAGAACUCAUUUCCUCUCAUCGAUGCUAGAGCGGUUCCCCCUCUUAUCAACCUUCUCAAAGAAUGCAGGAAGAAGUACUCUAAAUUCGCUGAGAAAGCAACUGCCCUACUCGAAAUUCUAUCAAACUCUGAAGAAGGGCGAGUUGCAAUCUCAAACUCAGAUGGGGGGAUAUUAGCAUUAGUAGAGACUGUAGAAGAUGGAUCCCUUGUGAGCACAGAACAUGCAGUUGGAGCAUUGCUCUCUUUAUGCCAGAGCUGUAGAGAUAAGUAUCGGGAACUCAUUCUCAAUGAAGGUGCAAUUCCAGGCCUUCUGCGUUUGACAGUAGAGGGCACACCAGAAGCCCAGGAGAGAGCUCGCACGCUUUUGGACUUGCUUAGAGAUACCCCCGAUGAGAAGAGACUAACAUCCUCUGUCCUAGAGAAAAUAGUUUACGACAUUGCUGCAAGGGUAGAUGGAGCGGAUAAAGCUGCAGAAACUGCAAAGAGGCUACUGCAAGACAUGGUUCAGAGAAGCAUGGAGCACAGCAUGAGUAAUAUCCAACUUAGAGCUGCAUCUUGUACUCCCUCCAACAUUUCCUCUUCAUGAUAUAUAUUUUUUUUGGCUCCGGAAGCUGGGAAAAAAAUCGGGUAGAGUUUUUAUACUGAAUCCGUGUUUUGUUUGGGCAGUUGAAACUCUACUCAGCUAAAUUACCAUACUAAAUGUGCAGAAACGACUGGAGUUUGACUUUCCCAGGGAUGAUCUUGUUAACUCAUGAGUGAUCUUGCCCUUUGGGCUUUUGUAUAUAUAAAAGAACCGUAUGCUAAUUAAUUUACAUGUACAUUACUUGUGAUCACAAGAGCUUGAGAAUUUCCUAAGUAAUAAUCUGGCUUUUACUGCA